AUUAUUUGAAUAUAUUUUGCUCUAUAAGGAUGGUGUGAUGUUUCAAAUUGAACAAGCCACCAAGCUCUGCUCCAAGAUUCCCCUGCCUGGUCCCUGGGACCCCCUGGACAUUCCUGAGAACUCCACCUUUGAAGAUGAGUACUCCAUCGGGGGGCCGCAGGAGCAGAUCACCGUCCAGGAGUGGUCCGACAGAAAGUCAGCUAGAGCCUAUGAAACCUGGAUUGGCAUUUAUACACUCAAGGAUUGUUAUCCUGUCCAGGAAACCAUCACUAAAAAUUACAGUGUGAUAUUGUCUACUCGAUUUUUUGAUAUACAGCUGGGUAUUAAAGACCCGUCAGUGUUUACCCCUCCAAGCACAUGCCAGACUGCCCAGCUGGAGAAGAUGAGUGAAGACUGCCCCUGGUGAGCCUGUACAGACACGGAAGGAGCAGCAAGGGCCGCCAGGGCCUGGGCUGGAGAUGGAUUUAAUUAUGGUGGGCCUGAGAGUCUUCAUCAGAGAUAAAGACACUUUUAGGAAGCCGUCAUUGAUGUGGAUUUUUGAAUGUUUGAUGCUGACUACUCAAGCUGUUUACAGAAGAGUAUGGGAUGAAGAACACCCAGUAAUAGGAGCGGACUAGCUAGCUAACAUGGACACCUGACAUGUACAGAACCUGUCUGGGUCUGUGUUUUCUGCGUUUGCAGGAGUGACCUCAGUGCGGUGGCUUACAGAGGGGCUAGGGGCUAACAGGAGCAGUUUGCCUUGGUGGGAUGGAAUCAUUUAUUAGUGACAUUGUGAAGAACUCGUGGUGAUAAUGAAAAGCAAAAUGAUUUGGGGGCAAUUUUAUUAUUUAUUUUCAAGUUUGCUCAGACAAUGUCCCCUUGUACCCAGGUGCCAGCCACUUCUGCUGACCCACACACACCCUGCCCUGUGCAGCCUUGACCACCAACAGAAUGAUCCUUUAAAAUUCCUUCCAGGCUCAAGAGCUUUACAAGGUUGGAGUAAACAUUAUUCCUCUGAAGAGACAUUUGAGAAGAGGAUUUAGAAAACCCUAAGUGUGAGCCACGUGUGCUUCCUUCUUCCUAUGCAAGAGCAUUGCUGUUUGUGCUGAAUCCUCACGGACCCUCAGUCAGCAGGUAGUGUUCUAAACAGUACCUAAUCAGCGUCGGGAGCCUAUCGUCCCCCAAAUCCAGGACUAGAACCCCCUUGUGUUCUAACUCCAUGGGCUGUUAAAUGUGCUAGGCCUGCCCUCACCUCAGCCUUCCUGGGUCAGUGUUCCACGCCUCUGUGUCGACCUGACAUCUGCUCAUCCGCCCAGGUCAGCUCACAGCUAACCACCCCUGGGAGCUGCUCCCACGUCCAGAUUUCUCCCCUUGCAGUUUGAGCAUGCUUUCCUCAUAAUGCUUCAUACUGCUUCCCAGACACUGUCACCCACUAUCCUGGCUGGAGGGGUGCUGUGUCCCAUUUUCUUUUAUAUCCCCUGCACCAAGCAAGUGCCUGGCACAUAGUGCCCCAGACGUGUGGAGUGGAGAGUGCUAGCCUCUGGUCCUUAGUUCCUUCAUCUGUUCAACGGGGUUGAGUUUGCUCAUCUCUAGGGACACUCCAGUAAUAAAAUGUAUUAUCAUUCUAGAUUCUUCUGCAAUUUCAUCCGGCCAUUUCUCUUGUUUAGGUACCAGGAGAAAUGUGUGCUACUUAUGCUGAAAAUAGUCUGUAAUACUCAGUUUUUCUGUAUUAUCUCAAUAAAUAAAUCUAAAUGCAUUGC